UUUCUCGAGUCUCCAGUACCGAGUCUAGAUCUUUCUCGAGUACUUCCCCUACUAGUAGUCUCCAGUGCCGGUCACGCCAUCCAUCAUCCAUUCCUCACACCAUCAUCUCUGUCUCACGUCAAAGUCCACGCCGAGACUCGAGGAGCCACCAUCGCCGCCAUGGCUGUCGGAAUACUGCCGAGUCAGGUCAACGGCUGGCCCCCGAGGUGCGCCUUCGACUCGGAUACGGACUCAACUUAUCCGCCUUUCCACACGCCGCCCUCGCCCUUGAGCGCCGUCAACGGACCCAGUAGUCUCUCCCGCCCCUUUUUCUGGGAGAUCGUUCCACUAUGCGAUCUGUACUCGAUCGUUCACAUUAUCCUCUUACCCAGUUCACUACGACUGUCAUACAACCAACUACCGCUGCGUCCCGGCAGCAAUAUUAGCGGGGUCAAUGGAGCCAACGGCCAACAACCACACUCAGAACCUCCCUCUCGCUUCAUGGACGCUCUCACAAACCUCGGCCUCGGCCCAUCCAACUGGGCCCAUGCCGGAGUCUCCGUCUUCACGGCCAUUCUCCCCUCCACAGACGGCUAUAUCGCCCGCUCCGACUUUCUGCGCCUCCGUCUCCAAGACUUCCCGUUCCCCAUCUCCAAGAUCCAAGAAUGCAUUGCCGCACCCAAGAAGUACACAUCAUGCAGGUUGUCCUCGUCGUCGGCCAACUCGGAGGACGGAUUGGCCAGCCUCAUCGAGCAGGCAGCGGGAGUCAUCCAAUGGGGCGACCUCGAAGCUUCGGUCUCCAUCCUCGACCUCCAACAUUAUCUGCUGGGAUUGACCCACGAACUGCGGGAUCGCCUCAACAAUGCGCCCUGGCUUACCUCGCACCCCGUUGCCCGCAAGCGGCUUGCCCUGAUACGAGGUCGACCCAACCUCACCGCCGGCGGGCCCAUCUACCGCGCAGCCCGCGCACUAGGCCUCGACCUUGUCAUCAUCGACGACGAAGGGCAUUGGCUGCAGCCCAACACGGACGAUAACCGCCUGCACCGCGAGGCCUUCAUUGCGACCGACAUGACCGAAGACGCUGGGGUCACCGACCGCAUCAUCUCCGCCAUCACGCGCUACCCGCUCCCCAUCCACGGCGUCUUCACCCUGUCCGACAACUUCUUCGUCACGGCCGCCCGCGUCGCCGAAGCGCUCGGCCUCCCCACGAGCCCCGUCUCCGCCUUCGAGACCUCGGUCGACAAGUACCGCUCCCGCCUCCUGCAAGACGCGCCGGGCCACACCGCCCGCGUGACCAGCGUCGACGAGCUCAACACCCUCCUAUCCACCCCCGCCAACGGCACCAACCCCGCCUUCACGCCCGUCUACCCGCUCAUCGUCAAGCCCACCAAGGGCUGGUCCUCGGAGUGCGUCAGCAAGGUAUCCUGCCGCGACGACCUCGCACUAGCGGUGCAAAAGGCGACAUCCCGGCACGGCAGCGCCGCCGUCGUCGAGCCCUUCUUCGACGGCCCGGAGAUCGACGCCAACUUCGUCCUGCUCGACGGCGAGGUCCUCUUCUGGGAGGUGGCCGACGAGCCGCCCUGCCAGGCCGACCGCCGCGACGCCACCGUGCAGGACACCUUCAGCCCGGAGGCGCUGACCCUGCCCAGCGCGCUGCCCGACCGCGAGCAGGCCGUCGUGCGCGACACCCUGCGCGACCUGCUCGUCAAGGUCGGCUUCCGCACCGGCGUGUUCCACGUCGAGGCGCGCGUCGUGCGCUCGGGCUGCGAGUACCGCGACGUCGGCGGCGGCGUGGUGGACCUCGCCCCGAAGACGGAGAGCGGCGCCGCCGCGGCCGGAGGAGGAGGCGACAAGGCCGCCUGCAAGCUGAUCGAGAUCAACGCGCGCCCCCCGGGGUACCGGGUCAGCGUGCCGUCGCGGCACACGUACGGGGUCGACUUCUUCGCCGCGCACAUGCUGGCCGCCGUCGGCGACCACGAGCGGCUGCGGCUGGCGGCGCGGUCGUUCGACCACGCGGCGUGCGAGGGCCGCACCAGGGGCGCCCAGUACUGGUCGCGCCUGGUGUACGUGCCCGUGCCUAAGGCGGGUGUGGUGAGGUGGGCCUCGGGCCUGCCGCCCUGCGAGGAGCUCAAGAGGCGCCGGCCCGACCUGGCGGACAAGAUCGUGGUGGCGGUGGAUUACUGUGUGCCGGGGGAGAGGGUGCGGCUAUACACGGACGGGGCGAGAACAUAUGCUGCCCACUUCUUGGUGUGCAGUAGGGUGAGCAGGCGGGACGCCAUUGAGGUUGGGGACGAGGUGUUGAAGGCGUUCAAGAUCGAGGUGGAAGAGGGUGACGAAGGGGGAUGCAAGGGAGCUUGAGAAGUGGGGGCUGUCAAGGCCACCCAUACUUUCCUUAUUUUGCCAUCUCUGGCGCUGUUUUGGGUUUGGGAGAGGGGAAGAUGUGGGAACACACAAACUGGAAGUUCUGGAGUCAGGUUGAGCCAACUGC